UUUUUUUCGGUGUUUGCUUGUGUGGAUAUCGGCUUCAUGGACGGACAGCGGGGCUUUUACGAGAUGGAGAACCCGCCAGAGAACCCCAGCAAAGCCGCGGAGUACCUGAAGGAGCUCAAUAAGAUCAUCGAGACCCAGCAGGGGCUUCUGGAGAAGCAGCGGGUCCGGAUCGAGGAGCUGGAGGUCCAGGUGACGGAUCUGUGCAAGGAGAACGCCUGUCUGAAGGAGCAGCACCAGCGGCACCUGUCCACCUGCAGGCUGCAGCUCCAGCAGCAGCAGCUCCAGCUCCAGCAGGGCGCACCGGCGCAGCUGGGGGCCAUCAAGGAGCACCAGAUGCACCACAAAUCUGAAAAUGAAAGUUCCAGAGUUGUCAGGCGAUACGCCUCAUUGCCCGUAGAAGUCUCAGAGAUCCCUCUAAACCUUAUUGCCCCUCCAUGUAGGAGAAGUUACCCCUGUCGCAAAUGGAAGUCUGCAUCUUUUGGACCAGACACGGAGGAUCCCAGCUCGGCCAUGACUCAUCGACACCACCAUCACUUUGUGGAAGGUGAUGCUCCAGGCAGCGAGGUGGGCGCCUCUGUGGACCCCAGUGGAGGCUACAGUUGCGUCCCAGUGACCCACAGCGGCGGGCUCGGUCCGGACCACCUGGACAGCCAGCUCUACGGUCACAUCCUGCUGCCAGGCCACCAGCGGCCCCGUCGGCCCAAACUCCAGCACUCGCAGUCCAUCCUCCGCAAGCAGGCUGAGGAGGAGGCCAUCAAACGCUCCCGCUCGCUGUCAGAGAGCUAUGAGCUCUCAUCAGACCUACAGGACAAGCAGGUGGAGAUGCUAGAGCGCAAAUAUGGUGGGCGUUUCAUAACCCGGCAUGCAGCCCGCACCAUCCAGACAGCCUUCCGCCAGUACCAGAUGAACAAGAACUUUGAACGUCUUAGAAGUUCUAUGUCUGAGAACCGUAUGUCCAGACGAAUUGUCCUGUCCAAUAUGAGAAUGCAGUUUUCCUUUGAAGGACCUGAGAAAGUCCACAGCUCCUACUUCGAAGGAAAGCAGGUUUCGCUAACAGAUGACGGCACUAAAAUCGGUGCCCUGGUACAAUCAGAACAUGCUGGGGAUUUGGGCAUGCAGGCCAAAACCCCAACAGGACAGACGGACUUCUCAGAUGCUAUAACAGAACUUGAAGAUGCCUUCUCGAGGCAGGUCAAAUCUCUAGCCGAGUCCAUAGACGAUGCCCUUAACUGUCGCAGUCUCCAUGGCGAUGAAGGUCAAUCUGAGCCGAGUAGAAGCCACCAGGAAAUGGACAGGGAUAUGAGCUGUCAGGUGAAACCUGCCCACAGCGCCUCGGAGCACCGCAAACUGGACGAGAUGACGGCAUCAUACAGCGACGUUACACUUUACAUCGACGAAGAGGAGCUGUCGCCUCCUCUGCCUCUGUCUCAGUCCGUCGACCGACCUUCCAGCACGGAAUCCGACCUGCGACAGCGCUCCCUCAACUCCUCGCAGGACUACUGGUCUCUGGCUCAUAAGGACGAGAAAGGGGACACAGACACCAGCUGCCGGAGUACCCCAUCUCUGGAGUGCCAAGAGCAGCGUCUGCGGGUCGACCACCUCCCCUUGCUGACCAUCGAACCCCCCAGCGACAGUUCGGUGGAGCUCAGCGAUCGUUCGGACCGCAGCUCGUUGAAGAGACAGAACGCCUACGAACGGACUCUCAGCAACCAGCAGAGCAGCCCCAAACACAUCAGCCACGGUCUACCACCCCGAGGUCCAUCCAGGGAAGACGACGCCCCCCGGCACCGGCCACGACAACUGGAACCCCACCUGGCAAUCAACGGCACCGCUAACCGACAGAGCAAGUCAGAGUCGGACUUCUCUGACGGUGACAAUGACAGCAUUAACAGCACAUCAAAUUCCAACGACACCAUCAACUGCAGCUCGGAGUCAUCAUCCAGAGACAGUCUACGGGAACAGACCCUCAGUAAGCAGACGUACCACAAAGAGACCCGCAACAGCUGGGACUCGCCUGCUUUUAGCAAUGACAUCAUCCGCAAGAGGCACUACCGCAUUGGCCUGAACCUCUUCAACAAGAAACCAGAAAAGGGCAUCCAGUAUCUGAUAGAGCGAAACUUUGUUCCAGACACCCCAGUGGGUGUGGCCCACUUCCUGCUCCAGAGGAAAGGACUGAGUAGGCAGAUGAUUGGCGAAUUCUUGGGGAACAGGCAGAAACAAUUCAACAGAGACGUCCUUGACUGUGUGGUCGAUGAAAUGGACUUCUCAGCGAUGGAGUUGGACGAGGCACUCAGGAAAUUCCAGGCACACAUCCGAGUCCAGGGAGAGGCACAAAAGGUUGAGCGGCUGAUAGAAGCAUACAGCCAACGCUAUUGCAUCUGCAACCCCGGUGUUGUCCGACAGUUCCGAAACCCCGACACCAUCUUCAUCCUGGCCUUUGCCAUCAUCCUCCUCAACACUGACAUGUACAGUCCCAAUGUGAAGCCUGAGAGGAAGAUGAAGUUGGAGGACUUUGUUAAGAACCUCCGAGGAGUGGAUGACGGGGAGGACAUCCCUAGAGAGAUGCUGGUGGGGAUAUACGAGCGGAUUCGAAAGCGGGAGCUAAAGACGAACGAGGACCAUGUGUCCCAGGUUCAGAAAGUGGAAAAACUCAUUGUUGGAAAAAAGCCGAUCGGCUCUCUACACCAUGGGCUGGGCUGCGUACUAUCACUACCCCACCGGAGACUGGUCUGUUACUGCAGACUCUUUGAAGUACCCGAUCCCAACAAACCACAGAAGCUGGGCCUCCACCAAAGGGAGAUCUUCCUCUUUAAUGACCUCUUAGUGGUUACUAAAAUUUUCCAGAAGAAGAAAAACUCUGUCACGUACAGCUUCCGCCAGUCUUUUUCACUCUAUGGCAUGCAAGUGCUGCUGUUCGAGAAUCAGUAUUAUCCCAAUGGAGUCCGUCUGACGUCGGCUAUUCCUGGAGCGGACAUCAAAGUUCUCAUCAACUUCAACGCACCCAACCCUCAGGACCGCAAAAAGUUUACUGAUGAUUUGCGAGAAUCCAUCGCUGAAGUCCAGGAGAUGGAGAAGUACCGGAUAGAAUCUGAACUUGAAAAGCAGAAAGGGGUGGUGAGACCCAGUAUGUCCCAAAGUUCAGGCUUGAAGAAGGAGACGGGUAACGGCAACCUGAGCCGGGCCAGCCUCGACGACAGCUACGCCAUCGGUGAAGGUUUGAAGAGGAGCGCCCUCAGCAGUUCUCUACGUGACCUCUCAGAUGCAGGCAAGCGUGGGAGACGCAGCAGUGCAGGAUCACUAGACAGCAAUAUGGAAGGCUCCAUCAUUAGCAGUCCUCACAUGCGGCGGAGAACUCCCUCCAGUCGAGACUGUCCCUCGCGCCACAGCGGCCAGUCCCUGCCCAACUCCUCCUCGUUGCUUGGAUCUCUGUUCGGCACCAGGAGGGUGAAGUCCCCCAGCCCCACGCCGCCGCAGCCCCACCCCACCCUCAUCUCCCACACCCCGCACCCGGCCAACCUGCACCACACGGCCCGAGUGGAGACGGACACGCCGGGCCCCAUGCACCCCCACCACGCCCAGUUCUGCCACAUGACCCAGAACCCCCCGCCUUACCACCACCAUCACCACUACCACCCGCCGGCCCACUUGCAGCACCCCCCCCACCAGUUCCACCCGCCUUCUUCUCAGCCGCCCUUCCCGCCUCACCCUCACGGCCACGGGAGCCACCCAGCACACUCCUCCCACCCACCGCAUGGCUCGCACCACCACGGCCCGCCCUCGGUGCCCCCCCAGGCCUCCAGCAGCACCAAGCCCAAGCACAGCGGCAUCAGCACGGUGGUGUGAACCCAACCGGAGCCGGUCUGUCAAGGACUGAACUUUAAUUUCACUCUGAUGAGACGGUUGCACUGUGCAUCGCUGGUCUCUGGGGAGUCGAAGCCAGACGAGAUCCAGUGCCUCCCUCGAUUUUUUUUUUUUUUUUUGUGUGUGUUUUGUUUUUUCUUCCACUCAUCGCCAGGGCAGUUAUUUGAACGUUUCCCCCCUUUUCAUUUCACUUCAGGUUCUAAAUCUUUUGUGGUUGCUUCAAGAGCGACAGACAGCAAAGCUAUAGCAUGCACAAAGACCACAACUACUGUUCCUCCUCAGUAAAUUAAAGGAUCAAAUAUCUUACUCAUUAGUAUUUUAAGUGAAUAAACAAAUUUUAUCUAGUGUGAGGAUGGUUUUACUGAACAGACAGACAGACAGCCUCAGCAGUAGCUGUUCAAGUAUUUAAUGUAGCUGUAGCUCACAGUGCACUGUGAUAUCUCUGUUAGCAGUGAUAAAUGUGCCAAUUAUUGAAGCAUUUACUGAUUUAGUCACAAAAAUUGCUUUAUGUAUAUUGUGCAUAGUAUUUUGUAAAAUAAUAUCAACUGUUAUUAUUCAAAUUAUUAUUAUUAUGGAACUAAUGGCAUCAAUUAAAGGUCUCAGUAUUGUA